UAUAGCUAUGUGGUUUAUAUUUUUUCUCUACUUGCUAGCUUUUCACCACAAAUUAAUACAUAUAUAAAGACUACAUUUUCUUAACAUAUUCUCACCACUUUAUUUUCACAACUUAUUGUUAUUUUGAGAAGAAAUGGGUUUGAAAGGCAAGUUGAUUGCUUCUUUGGAGGUGAAGUGUGGAGGACACUCCAUUUUUGAUAUUUAUCACACCAACACUCAUCAUGUAUCCAAUAUAAGCCCUAGUAUUAUCAAUAAAUUUGAGAUUCAUGAAGGUGAUAUCGUAAAAAUUGGCUCAGUUGUUAGCUGGAAUUAUAACGAGGAUGGACAAAAAAAGAAUGUGAAGCAAGUAAUUGAUGUCAUUGAUCCUCACAAAAAAUUAAUCAGUUGGAAAGUGAUUGAAGGUGAUAUCUUAGAGUUGUAUAGUUCCUUUAUUAUUAAAACAUCUUGUGAACACCAAUGGACUACAUGGAUAUUUGACUACGAAAAAAGAACUGAAGACACUCCAGAGCCCCUCAAUUUCUUGGGUCUUAUACUUGACGUUACCAAGCAUAUAGAGGAUCACCUUCAUAAGAAAUAGAAUACCUGUGUGUGUUUGUGGUUAUGGGAUGAAUAAUUUGCAAUAUUGGCUAGUGUUUUGUGGUUAAUUAUGUGAUGAAUAAUUUGCAAUAUUGGCUAGUCCUGGCUAGCUUGUGAAAUAAACAAUGUUGUGUUUGAAAAAUAUAUUAUAUAUGCAAAUCUCCUAUCAUGGAGGUACUUCCAAUGGCC